ACCAAACUUGGAGUUCAGACAACAAAGUCUGUGCAUACAGGAGUGGUAACUUGACAUUCAUAAGAGGCUCAAGUCUGAUAGUGAUCCAUGGUUUGAAGGGCUAAUUUAGGGGAGAAACACAGAGAACAGUGGUUCUUGUUUCUGCUAAUAAGGUAGGUGGGCCGGAAUCUAACAUUACCACUUGCAGUGAUGACUUUUGCUGAGUAGAAUCACACAUCUUGUGGUUUCUCAGUUGCAUUUUCAGUCUCGGACUACAGCAGGAGGAAAACAGAGAAAGUAGAUUUUAAGUGUCUCAUGGAAAAAACAGCUCCUGCUUUCUGAUGGUGGUUUCUGUGAUGACCAGUGAGUGAUGCCUGGAUGGGGCAAGCAGUGUGGUAGAAUUCAGCUUGACAAGAACAUUUUGUAAAAUUUGUGUGAUUGCUGUUGCAAUAGCUGUUGGUUAAGGUUACUGAAGCAGUGCAGUAAAUAUGUGGUAGCAGAUUAAUCUGAAAUAAUGUCACUGAUGCUUUGGUCUAUGUUGUCACCACAGAACCAGAGCUGGGACAUGGUGCAGUAGGAAAGAGUUGAGUAGUGAGUUCAGCUGUGAACAAGUGGGAUUGUGGAAGCAUUAGUGCUUAUGCUAAGGUGAAUUUCUCUUUGCAGCAUAUCAGAUGCAAAGUGACAUUUCUUACAGAAAGUUACCUGGAAAUUAAUGUGUUUACAAUAUUGGAGGGCUGAGAAUACUACUUGUGUUCUGCAGAAGUCUGAACCUAAGGUGGAUUUAUUCUCUUGUAGCAUGGAGGGUAGUAAUUUAGAACAAGACUUGCUGCUCUUAUUUUGUGGUCAUGAUAUCAAAUGUCUGGGCUCAUAAGAUUACAAUUCUUGCUUUACAGUUAAGCAGAAAAACUACUUGCCUGAACAGCAGAACAGAGCACAGUUCUUUCUGCAUAUAAGUGCUGUAUUAUCCUGAAUAUCCAUAUGAUAGCAACUGAUGUAGAGUGCAGUAAGUAGCUUAUACUAAAAUAGAAUAAAAAUUUGUCUAUUUUAGUAGAUAUAUCUGCCACAUAGUUUUUGCAAUAGAUCUUGAGAACUUCUUAGGGAUGCAGAAGAUAAAAUGAGAGAACUGUUAAUAUUAGCUGGAAAUCCUGACUCCUUAAAGCUGUUUGUUGUUCAGCUUUCAGAAUUGAAAGUUGCUUAUUUUUUUAAAGUAGACUUCUUGUCACUGAGUUUCUAUGCCAAAACAAAGAAGAAUAUGUUUCUGCCAUGGGGCUCAUGGGAAAUACAGAAGAAUAAGAAUAUAUGUAGGCCUUGUUACUGAACAGUCUGUGGCAGAGAAUUGUUCCUGCAUUAUUAAAUAAGAAAAAAUGGUAGUUAUAUUUUUUAAAUGUGAUUUUGUGCACCUCUGUAAAAGAUUUAGUAUGGAAGACCUUUGUGAAAGAUACUGUGAAGGGGAGAUACAUAGUAGAAAAACCAAAUCCCUUGAAAAUUGGCCUAGGGGCUGUGGUUUUACUGGGAACUGAGUUUUUAAAUGGACCACUGUAUUAUUGUUGUAUGGUCAGCCAAGCUUGGCAGUGGUUGACUAAGCACCCUAAAUGUAGUCUGCCUCAGCAAGAUCGCUGUAUAGCUCACAUUAGUUAAUAACUGGGUCUUGUUACUGUUGUAUCCUUGCCAUAAACCAGAGGAAAGCUUAAGGGAAACAGGAGAGCUUAAGGCAGGGAAUGUUAAUAUAUAUUUUCACACAAUGCAGUAUGGACCAGGUGCAAGAUAGACAAGUUUGAACAGCUUCUACAAAAAAUACCCAAACAAAUGUUUUCAUAGGAAAAUGAAGGUACACAGAGAAGUUACUUGGCUUCUGUAAUAAAACAGAAGUUAAUGGCAGUCAGGCAUGGAAGCAAAAGGCAGUGCCUGUCUUGUUAUGUGAUGCUUCCUUGUGUUUGGCAGUCAUUUUUUAAGUUUUGAAGAGAAGCUUGUAAAGUUUGUCUGGAUAAAUUAUGAAUGUAUUCAUUUUGCUGUGCUUUGGUACUUGAAUGUAUUGAAAUAGAAGCACUGUGGUUGCUUUUGACAUCAUUGUGCAAUUGCUGUUUCUCCUCCUGACACCAUUAGUGACUUUGAACUCCUGGGGUAAUGUGUUCUUAUGGAAACUCCUGUUUUCUCUAGCUCUACUUUUGCAUGCUGGUAUGAAAGACCAGAUUAGAAGGUAGUAAAGGCUCUGCAGUAGCAAUAGUUUUCACUGGUAUCUUGUAGCUUAUAUGCUUUCUGUGGAUUUAGUCCAUACUUACACCUAUUUGCAAAAGUGCAGAAAAAUAAGAAAAUUGACCCCUGGUUUUUCUGCAGUAGAUAAGUAAUACGUGGUCCUGUCACCUGGUCUGCAUUCUGAAGUGGGAAAAAAUUUGUGUAUUCUGCAUUUGAAUUAGCCAAAAUUUGUACUGGUUUUGACUGGCAUAGAGUUAAUUUUCUCUAUAAUACCUUAUCUGGGACAAUGUUUUGGAUAUGUGCUGAAACUAGUGUUGAUAACUCACUGAUGUGUUAGCUACUGUUGAAGACAGUGCUUAAACACUGUCAGGGCCUUUUCUAUUCCUCAUCAUGCUCUCCCAGCGAAUAGGUUGGAAAUGUGCAAAGUAUCCCAGUAUGAGCUACUGUGGAGAACUUUAUUGCUGUUCCAGCCAAAACCAGUACAGGGUGUGGCUUGCAUCUGUAAAAUUCACAGAAGUUCCUGUGGUUCUUAGUCAAGUGCUCAAAGUUAGGUGGAAAGCAGGGUAGGGCUGAAGAGGCAAUAUUCAGUUAACAGCCUUUUUGGUAACUGUUUUAGUGUAACAUGGAGGGAAUAGCACAGUGACUUGGUUUAUUGAAUAACACAAAGUAUGUCCUUUAUGCGUUUUAGAUCAGGAGUGGUCAGAUGCUGUUGAUUCAUGUUUGUGGCAAGUAGAAGACAAGCAACAACUUGAGGGGCUUUGUUGGAAUGGGAGUUCUUUGUUAGAAUGGAUUGUCUCUUUUGACUUGGACAGAUCUUGUGAAAGUGAAAAUAAGUAUGUAAUGUAACUGUAACAGUACUUUACUGGAACUGUAAUACUUCAUGUGCUGAUUGAUUUAUUUUUACUACCCUUUUCUUACCUUUAUUAUAGUUGUGUUAAUCAAGAUGCUGUCAGUUGAAUUAUCUCUUCUGUGACUAUGAGCUGAGAUGCUGGAAUUAUUUAAAUAAUAAAUGUUGUUUGGUAGCAGAGGCACAUCAGGCUCAAUGUAGUGCUAAGCCUAAUUUUACAAUUCAUAAACUCAGCAGAGCUAAAUCUACACAACUCACUGUUUGAACUAGUAGGAGACAUCAAACAGAUAAAUUGGAAGCAGAUGCUCAUAUUUGUGUCAUUGGUGUUUAUAUCUGAUAUAGAGUGGAUUUAGCAGUUGGGUUGAUUUAACUGGUUUUAUGAGGCAAAAACUAGAAAAAUAAAUGUAGAGGGUACAAGGAGGAACACAGAACAAGGCUGAGAUUGAGAACAGGGAAAUUGUGUAAAACUGGUGGUGCAUGUAAUGGUCAGCAUUUUAUUUUUUUGUAUUCGUGCAUUUGAUAGCUAAAUAAUUAUUGUCAGCAGUAUAAUUAUUUUCAUGUUUGUAUUUUGACAUAUUUAAUAUUUCUUCAAUUUAUGUUUUUAAAUUUACAGUGUGAGCAGUAGACACUGAAACUGUCAUGGAAGUAAUUUUACUGUCUAGUUUGGAGAGAAGGAGGCUGAGGGGUGACUUCAUCACUUUCUGUAGAUUCCUGAGACUGGGAAGUGGAGAGGGAAGUCUUUUAAGUUUUGGUCAGCCCUGAGGUGGUUGGGCAGUUGGACUGGAUGAUAGUUGAAGAUAUCUUCAACUGAAUAGUCUAGGUGUGAGAUGGCAGAACAAAAAACACAGAAAAAUCCCUGGUCUCUGUUGGAUUUGUGGGUUGAAUUAAAGGCCUAUGAGCCUGUGAAAGGAUGUAGCCUGUUCCUUGUUAACUUAACCUGGCAUAAAGUCCUAGUUUGGACUAUGAGUUCAUUUUUACUCGCCUCCCACUUCCUGUGAAAAUAAAGCGGAUUCUUGCAAAAAAGCCCAAACUAAACAACAAAAAUUAAACCCAAACAAACCCACAAACCCAAACCAAAUACAAGUUCAAACAGUUAUGUAAACCUGGAGUUGCUAAACACUUUCCCUUUGUGUUGCAAUAGCUUUUUGCAGCUGAUCUUUCUUUUCAGCCUUCCCUUCCUCCCCUUGCAAUUAGUUAUUCUAUCCUCUACCUUACAAAUAUCUAACAACACUAAUUCCCCUUCUCAGAUUACUCUUCCAUUUCCUUUAGCUCCUAGUACAGUUUUUUUCCUUUCUUCCAUCUCCUACAUGGUUCUUACACACUUGCUCUUUCCCCAUCACUUUCUGAUUUGAUUUCUGGCAAGAAUUUCACAUCCUAUCAGCAACUGCAAAAUCUGGUCCUUUGUGCAAGAUUGGGUCAGUGGAUGUCCAUGGAUUCCCUAUGUAGAAAAUGGGAGAAUUACUUUGUUGGUAAAAGGAUGCCAUUAACUUAGUUUAUGUCUAAAAAUAUAACUCUCCCAGAGCUCAGUGUUUCUUUUGACAUUUGAAGUUCAGUAAGGAAGAUGUUUAGGCAGUGGUAGCUGUUUAUGUAUUCUGAAUGUUGAAAAUAAUGACAAACUAUUUGGUAAGCAAUUUAUGUAGCACAGCAUAAUUGUAUGGAGGGUAGGAGGACAAUAAUAUUUUUUCUUCCUUUUGUAGAAUUCAUUUUUAAAAAGUCAUUAUUGGGCUUGUAGGUCUGUCUUCUGAUUUUCUCUAUUUGCAAGUUAUGAAAAGAGAUUUGGCUGGACUGAAGAAUAGGGGUACUGCACUGUAGUGUUGUGUUUUCAGGACUAAUGGAGGUGACCUUACCAAAAGGUGAUCUCAUUUGCAGCCAAAAGUGUGUGUUUGCUAUGGGAUUUAGUUUUAGAGCAGUUUUGAGGACAUAAGAAAACUAAAAAGGUGGUAAUUCAAAUCCUAAGCAGCUCUGCAGAACAGUAUUGGACCAAUUCUUUCCACUUCUUUGAUUCCAUGUUGAUCAAGGGGUCUGUAUAUGAAGUUCCCUGAUGAUUUGCUGGUUAAUAAAUAUGCAGUAGGUGAAUUGUACCCAUUUUAUUUCAUAGUCAGAUGUAGCUUAGUUUAGAUUUCUCUGUUUUAGAACAAAGUCUUUUUGGUCUGUUAGAUCAUGUUGUAUAAACUCUGGGCUACCGUCAGCUAUGAUUUGAGUAUGUAUCUUCAAAAAGCUGACUUUACAAUUAGGUAAGAGUAAUUUGCUUGAGAAAAAUAUAAGGUUUAAAAAUGCUCAGGAAAUUUAGUGAUGAAUCUUACUUGGGAACUUAGAGCAGAUGACUCAAAAUCCAUUUAUACAUCAUCACUCACACUUGUAUAGAAAAUACUUUAUGGGGGCUGGGGAAGUUGGUGGGAACAAUGUGAUGCAGUUACUAAAUAUGUUGUCAAUGGGACCUUGCCUAGGCUUCUAUAUUUCAGACCAACAACAGACAUCAUUUUAGUGUCAAACUACUGUGAUUAUAAGGAAUAUUUCUGAUGUCUCUGAUAGUUGGUGUGGAUGACUACAGCUCAGAGUCUGAUGUGAUUAUUAUACCUUCAGCCCUGGACUUUGUCUCACAAGAUGAGAUGUUGACGCCUUUGGGAAGAUUGGACAAGUACGCUGCAAGUGAGAACAUAUUUAACAGGCAAAUGGUGGCUCGAAGUUUGCUGGACACUUUGAAGGAAGUCAGUGAUGAUGAGAGAGAUUGUAUUGCUGUGUUGGAGAGAAUCAGCAGAUUAGCUGAUGAUUCAGAGCCAACAGUGCGGGCAGAACUGAUGGAACAGGUGCCUCAUAUUGCUAUGUUCUGUCAAGAAAACAGACCUUCAAUCCCUUAUGCUUUCUCCAAAUACCUACUACCAAUUGUGGUGCGAUACCUCGCAGACCAGAAUAACCAGGUCAGAAAAACAAGCCAGGCAGCGUUGUUAGUGCUGUUGGAGCAAGAACUCAUUGAGAGAUACGAUGUGGAGACCAAAGUGUGCCCAGUGCUGAUAGAUCUGACAGCUCCAGACAGCAACGACGAUGUGAAGACAGAAGCUGUGGCUAUUAUGUGCAAAAUGGCCUCCAUGGUUGGAAAGGACAUCACAGAAAGACUUGUGCUUCCCAGGUUCUGCGAGAUGUGCUGUGACUGCAGGAUGUUUCAUGUUCGUAAGGUAUGUGCAGCCAAUUUUGGAGAUAUUUGCAGUGUGGUUGGACAACAAGCCACUGAAGAAAUGCUGCUGCCGAGGUUUUUCCAGCUCUGUUCUGAUAAUGUGUGGGGAGUUAGGAAAGCCUGUGCUGAGUGCUUCAUGGCAGUUUCUUGUGCAACAUCGCAGGAAGUCCGGAGGACAAAAUUAUCAACCCUUUUUAUUAAUUUGAUUAGUGAUCCUUCACGAUGGGUUCGCCAAGCAGCUUUUCAGUCUCUGGGGCCUUUCAUAUCAACUUUUGCUAAUCCAUCCAGCAGUGGCCAGUACUUUAAAGAAGAAGAUGGUAAAAACCCAGAAGAUUGUGGUUCUGCUCAGGAAAACAGUGAGCAAGUCAGAACCACAGAAGAUGCCACAACAAAUGAAGAGCACAACAGGACAGAGGGCCUGUCUUCAUAUUGUGAUGAUACUGAUGAUUUUUCAUCAAAACUUGAAAAUGUCAUCGAAGAUCAAAAUACAGCGUCAAAUAACUCCAAGAGGGAAAGUGAUUUCCAGACUGAAUCAUCCUUCCAUUGCACUUUGCCUUCAGAAUCUUGUGGGGAAAUGGCUGAUGAGAACGAGCAAAGUUCUCAUUGCUGUACAGCAGAUGUGCAGGAGGCUGGGCUGAAUUCACAGGAAACCUCUAUUUCAGAGCAGGAAUUAUACAACUCUUUCCAUUUCUGGAGGACUCCACUUCCUGAAAUAGAUAUUGACUUUGAGCUUCAGCAGGUUUCUGAUAUAAAACUCGAUAGAGAAAUUCAGGAACUCACUAUGCCAGUGUCUCCAAGCAUUCCUAUGGCAACAAGGAAGGAAUUGGAAGAAAUGAUAGAAAAUUUGGAACCCCAUAUAGACGAUCCAGAUGUUAAAGCACAAGUGGAGGUGUUGUCUGCUGCACUCAGAGCAUCCAGUUUGCAUCCUCAAGAAGAGACGAUGGCCAGUGUUGGCAAGGGAACAGAUUCACAGACUGAAAUAACCAUCAAUGACCAACAAAGUUUUAAACCUAUACUGAGUGAUAUUGUGCCUUUAAUUGGUGACACUGUUGAGAGUAUGGAUUCUACACUUCACUAUAUUCAUAAUGAUUCAGAUUUGAGUACCAACAGUAGUUUCAGCCCUGAAGAAGAAAGAAAAUCCAAAGUACAGGAUGUUGUACCUCAAGCCUUGCUGGAUCAGUAUUUAUCCAUGACUGAUCCAUCCCGCGCACAAACAGUGGACACGGAGAUUGCCAAGCACUGUGCCUACAGCCUGCCCGGCGUGGCGCUGACCCUGGGCAGGCAGAACUGGCACUGCCUGAAAGACACCUACGAGACUCUGGCGUCUGACAUGCAGUGGAAGGUUCGGCGGACACUGGCAUUUUCUAUACAUGAACUUGCUGUCAUCCUUGGAGACCAGCUUACAGCUGGAGAUUUAGUUCCUGUCUUCAAUGGCUUUUUGAAGGACCUAGAUGAAGUGAGGAUAGGUGUGCUCAAGCACUUGCAUGACUUCCUGAAGCUUCUUCAUGUUGACAAAAGACGAGAGUAUCUUUAUCAGCUUCAGGAAUUCCUGGUGACUGAUAACAGCAGGAACUGGCGUUUCCGUGCUGAGCUGGCCGAGCAGCUGAUUUUGCUUCUAGACCUGUACAGUGCCAGGGACAUCUAUGACUACCUGCGGCCUAUUGCUUUCAGCCUCUGUGCAGAUAAAGUGUCCUCUGUCCGCUGGAUUUCCUACAAGCUGGUUAGUGAAAUGGUAAAAAAGCUGUACAUGGCUUCAACACCAACCUUCGUGGUAGACCUCAUGAAUGAACUCGUUGAGAAGUUCUGUAGAUGCCACAAAUGGUCUGGUCGGCAGACUUUUGUCUUUAUUUGCCAGACUAUCAUUGAAGAUGACUGCCUGCCCAUGGACCAGUUUGCUGUGCAUCUGUUGCCACACUUACUACACUUGGCGUCUGACAAGGUUCCAAAUGUUCGAGUCCUGCUCGCAAAAACAUUGAAGCAAACCCUUUUAGAGAAAGAGUAUUUCCUGAAUUCUGCCAACUCUCACCAAGAAGCUGUGGAACAAACAAUUAUGGCUCUUCAAAUGGAUGGUGACAGUGACGUCAAGUACUUUGCGAGCAUCCACCCUGCCAGUACCAAAAUUGCGGAUGAUGCCAUGAGCACUGCUUCAUCAACUUACUAAGUUCUGAAUGUUGCUAUAAUUAAAAAAAAAAAAAAUUAAACCAACUAUCCUCAAAUGCUUCUAUAAUGGUUGAUUUAGAGCAACCUCUUUGGAAGGAGGGAUUUCUUGCCAGAUUUAACAGGCGGAUGUUUUCUAAACCUGAUAACCAGGGAUUUUAAGUCAAGGCAAAGUAAAUGUACCUGUGUCAGCUUGACUUUAGAAAAACACUGCUCAGAGGAUUAUUUUUGCCACCGAAGCCUUAAAUCUUCUGUCUUCCUGAACAAAUGAAACUUGAAUUGGCAGAUAAUUUUCAUUUUAGAAAGGAUGUGAUGAUUUCCAGAGGACCUGCAUUGUUUCUCCUGAGGAGUUAACUUAGCAAGUAUUUUCUGUAGCAGCUGAUGGGUGGAAUGGCCAGAGAGGCGAGUUUGUACAGGGACUGAGACCUCCAGUAUUAAAGCUAAAGUUUUUAUCAGUCAAGGACUUGAUUUGUGUGCAGCUCAGCACACCCUUAAGUGAGAAUAGUUUUGAUGUUUGUAAAUGGCAAAAGUAGAAAUUUGGAUUUCUCUUAAGGGCUCAGUGCUAACACUAAACUAGAAUCUGAUUUUAAUCCUUAAAUGCAGCAUAUUGCUGUAUCCAUUAGCAGAAAACUUUGCUGAGUACCCGUGUCCUAAUUAUUUUCAUGCUGGUCAUGACCUAAAGGAAAUUUAUUAGCACAUAUACUUUAAGUCAGGUAUUUUUAAUUUGAUCAUGAUCAGCUCUGAAGGUGCAACUUUUUUCUUCAUAUACUGUACAUAUCUGUGAGCCUCCUUGGAGUGCUGCAGUCUAAUCUUGUUGUUUAAAAGCUGUUGUGAUACAAGUUGUUCUUUACUUGUCCAAAUAAAAUUUAUUAAUAAGAUGGAAAGAAA